AUGGAUCAAAAUACUUUUUCUUACACUACAUCUUCAUCUUCUUCCAAUGACCAUCCACCAAAAACAAUCAGUUAUAGCCAACUAUCAUAUCAUAAUUCUCUCCAGACAGUUCGCAAAUCUAUCCAAAAACCCACCUCCAAACAUUUCAUAGCACCGUUACCACCCACCCAACCUAAAGUUUACAAAGUUGAUUCUUCCAAUUCCAAGGAAAUUGUUCAUGCACUCAAUAGCGACACCAAAUAUCAAUCAUCAUUUGUACGCCGCCUAAAAGACAUCGCUCCGCCACCUUUUGUCCUCUCUACAGUGCCAAAACCAUCGUUAUUUCUCAGACUGAAGGGUCUAAUUAGUUGUUUGGUCUAG